AAGUUGGACUGUGAGCAAAAGGCUAAAAUAGUGGAACUAGAGAACGCGGCCAAACUUGAACAAUUGAAGUUAACUAGCCGAAAAUCAAGCGAACUAGCCCAACAUCAAGCAAAACUUAAAGCGUUUGUAAAGACUGAAAACGAAGAGUUUGGGUUCCAGGACCUUGAUUUCCAACUUCCGUCUGAUAAAGAGGAAGAUAUAAAGAAAAUUCGUACCUCUGCAAAUUAG